GUGAACUGAUUCAUUCUUGAUAGUAAUAAUUCUGCAAAAAAAUCUACACAGCUAAGCCAACAAAUUAAUGGCGUCCAAAAAAGAGGUGGCAGCGGAGUCCGGCAACGCCGAACCGGAGAUGUGCACCGGGAAACUGAUCUUCAUGGAUUUGUACGUUAGGAUUGUAUUGUUUGCAGCUUCGUUGACGGCCGUGGUUGUCAUGGUUACUAGUAAUCAGACCAAGCUCGUUCAGACAGCCUCGUACUCUUUCCCUGUACCAGUGCCUGCCAAAUUCAAUUACUCUCCGGCCUACAUAUACUUUGUAGCAGCGCUUUCACUGUCCACCUUGUAUAGUAUCAUUACGGGAAUUGGGUCCUCAUGGAUGGUUUUAAAGCCUUGUACAUCGAAGGAGCUCCUCAAGUUCUACUUGGCCUUAAUUGCCUAUGACGUGGUGAUGCUAGGAUUGGUGGCUGCAGCCACGGGCACAGCAGGUGGUGUUGCUUAUAUAGGGCUGAAAGGGAAUUCUCAUGUGAAUUGGAACAAGAUAUGCAAUGUUUAUGACAAGUUCUGUCGACACAUAGGAGCUUCAGUUGCGGUGUCUUUGUUCGCUUCCAUUCUUCUUGCCACACUCAUUAUCCUCUCGGCUUACUCUGUUUACCGUCUCGCUCACAAAGUUGUGAAUUAGGCCGCCAUGGCCAUUGCUUGGAGAUCUACAAUUGCAUUGAAUGCAAGUGUGUAUUGAUC